UCGGAACCAAAUGCUUAGAAGGCUUGUUUCCCAGCCGGCUGUAGUUUAAUGAGCUCAUCGUCUCGGGGUCGGGGGAAUGGUUGCUAUGCCGCAGUGGCGGUGAUUGGUAGCAGGCCCGAGGCAAGCGCGAGAUGGAGCAAGAGCAUACGAGAGACUAUAAUGAACCCUGUGUACAGUGUUCUGAUGUUAACUGGGGCCUUACGGAAGAAGGCAAAUUUUACUGCAGAUCUUGCCACAAUGUCAUAGAAAGGACUAGAGAGGUUUUGACUGGAGAUGUUACUUCAAAUGCCAGAGCACAGUCUAUCUCUAAAGGAUUAAAAAAGAAAAAGAAAUUUGAUAAAGGUUGGGAAUGGUACAUCUGUGAAGGCUUUCAAAACAUACUCUGCCAACAGGCUGAAGCUCUGCAGUCUUUAGGGGUUUCUUCACAGAUGAAGGAUGAAGUUCUAUGGAAUUUUUGGAAACGUUACCUGCAGAAGAGCAAACAUGCACAUUGUGACAAGCCUUUCAGUGAUGCUACUCAUGAUGCCUUUUCAACAUGUGAAAGUGAUACUGAAGUAGAUGGGAAUAUAGAACUUUCUAGACUUCUUGACUUACCUUGCUCUGCAAGUGAUACAGACUUAAUUUCAGAAUCUAGCAUUGGAGCUGUUUCUUCUAUUGGUAAAUCAUCAGAAAGAUCUGUCUGGUCUGGAUCAGUAGAUGGUAGCUCUUACUUAUCGAAAAAGAAGAAAGGGGACCUGUUAAUGUCGAUGCCAAUGACCUUGGCUUUCUGCUAUUUGGCAUUGCUCUGGCUGAGAGAAGCAAUUAUGCUAUCGGAUCUCUUAAGGCUUGUAAUGGAUGGUCACAUUCCUUACUUGAAUGCUUAUAAAGAUUUCCCAGAAGAGAUGAAGAUGUAUGGGAUUGACUUCAAGAUUUUCCAUGUACAGUCUUGGCCUGCAUAUGACGAUGUCCAUAAGAAAGCACAUGACCUUGCAACAUACAUAGAGCUACCUCGUUUUCCAGAUAUUGAAGAAGGAAUCUUCCUUCAUCCAAACAUUCUCUGCAUGAAGUAUUUGAUGGAAGCUAACUUGCCUGAUGACAUGCACAGUUGGACUUGCAGAGUGGUAGAAAAGAUUGGCAUUGGUGAAACAGACUUUCUGACACUUCAUCCUGGGAAUAAAUCAUCCUGUAGAGUGAAAUAUGAUAUUCUUGCCAUAGCUGUUGUUGUAGUGGUGCUGAAAAUCCUCUUCUUGCUGGACGACCAAUAUGAAUGGCUACUAUCGAACUACAUUGAAGAGAGAAACAAAAAUAAUAAAGAAGGUUGUCCAGUUUUUGAUAUUGGAAAAUGGUACGUGGUUGUAAGGAACGCUAUGGAUGUGGAGCAAAAGAAACUAAAUGAAGAAAGAGUCAGGCAUUUAUGGAGAUGUGAGAAGCCACUGUUGUAUUCAGCCAUGCGCAAGUCUGUCAUUCUCAAGAAAAGACAAAUGGUUGUAGAUCUUCAAAGACAAUUUCGCACAUUGUCUGGCUUAAUGGAACCUACUGAGAAGCAGAAGCCUUCAGGUUUCCAAUUGCACUGGACUGAGGAAAACACAGCAGGGAAUUGCUUUCAUGGCCACAGUAUGGGUGGAAUUUUACAAGAAAACGGCAAUGUCAUUACAACUCUGAACAGAAAUUAUUGGUUGUGUACGAUGAAACUAUGCAAAAAUAAGUGUGGUCAUCUGACGCACUAUAAGGAGUCGGACUUUCCUCAUACCUACCAGUUUGUGUUAAAUCUGUUCUCCUUCCUCCUAAGAGUACAGCCCUCUGUGAUCCAUGAAGAAGUGUGUGCAAUAGAAAACAAACUCUUUUCUUCCAAAAUUGAAAAGAAAUCCAGAAAAUUCAAAACUCCAAAACGGAGAAAGCCUUAAAGGCCGGAUUUUUUUUAGCCUUUCAGAACAAAGGGUGAAGAUCUACAGGCUUUCUACAGAAGAUCUACUGAAAUAGCUUAUGCAGCCAAUUCACACUCGAAUGCCACUGAACUGAGCAGAUUAAGAUAGAUGCAUUCUCUCUGCUGUUAGUUUAUUCUUACAGUUCCUACGCAUAGGGAAUUGCACAGAGGGUGACGAUGUGAUCCCACUAAUUACCAAAGUUUAUUUUCCUCCAUGGUAUUGUAAAAUUUUCAUAUCUUCGUUUUAUAUUCUGAAUGGUUUUGUUUUCAUUAGAUGGAUAGUCUGGUUUAAAUGGCUACAAAAAAUAAAACCUAAAGAGUUGUAUCCAAAGUAAUGCAAACAUCAGGAUUUUCUUGCCCCUCCUCCCUACUACAACUCCUCCCACCCGAAAAUCCGUUCUUGAAAGUUGAGGAGCUCUCCAGGGAGGUGCAUGGGGAUGUACGGGGGGGCUGCAGCAAGCAGGGGACAUUGAGGAGCACCUUGCACAAUAAGGUUAAAGCUAAAUACAGUUAUUAAAAUUUAUUAAAAUUAAGUUAUUUUAUUUCACAAGUGUACCUGCCUGCUUGCACAAGACACCUUUUGGAUUUCACCUAAUAAUAUAUUUAAAUAGCUUUUGAAAUAAAAAUUUUUUUUUCAGAUAAAAUUGUC